AAUUCAUACUAAAAAACAUGAUGACCACACAGCUUCACUGAAACUGAGAAGCAUAAAAGUGCAGAGUUAUAAAAGUGCAGAUGCUGACCAUGAGAGGCAUCAGUGCGAAAAGAGAGAGCUACUAACAAGUAACUAAAGUUGUGAAUGAGACGACGCGUUUUUAUGUUGAAGUGAUUUUUGCAAAUUAGCAAAUUUGAGACAGUAACAGUUAAAUUUUCUGAGAUUUUAGUGAUUUUUGCAAAUUAGAGACAGUAGAAAUUCCACUUUCCGAGAUUUUCUGACCAUUCAAAGAAACCGAGACUUGCAAACAUGCGUGGCUCAGCGUUAAUAUUCCACUCCUUGGAUCCAGAAACUUUGGACAAAAUCGACGACCUCGCAUCCCUGGAUUCACUCGAUUUUGACGAUGAGACAGAAACCGACGACCGAUAUUCAACCCUCAGUGAAAGUCCUUCCCAACAAGCGUGGUCACCAUCACCGCCGCCGCAUUAUGAAACCGGAAACCUUGCCCUAAAUGAGUCAUUGUCAAAAUCAUCCCACAUUGUCGUCCCUGGCGGUGUAAACAAUACGCUCAAUUGUGGGAUUGUUGUUCCAAAGGCGAAAUCUGAGACGACGAAUCAUGCACAAAGGAGACGCAGUAAUAAUUGUGGUGCAAACAAUGCUGCUCCAACGACAAGUGCCUCAUUCCCCAUUCUCGACCAACUCGUAGCCAUCUCCUCGUCACCCUUAUCGUCUUCCCCCUUGAACAAAUCUAAUUAUUCUAAAGUGGAUGGAAAACAAGGGGCAAGAAGUCAGGAGCAGUCUAGCAAAUCCCAGAACUUCAUUCCAGACCACAACCCAAGCCACCAACACCACUGCAAUCCUGAGCACAGAGUGUCGAGUAAUCGGCGCAAUAAUAGUGCCGAUAUUAAUGAAGCUGUAACACAAGGGAGAAGAAUUUCAACAUCGAGUUCGAGUAGUCAAUGUCAACUCGUGAAGAUUAAAGAGAAUAAGACCUUCACCUCCAAUUAUACUGCUGGCGGAGGUGGUGCAGGGUUACCACUUAGUCGUAUCAAAGCAUCAAGGUUGGGCAGGAGUAGUAGUACCAAUUCAAUUUCAACGUCUCAAUCACCAAGAUCAAUAGGAAGCACGGGUGAAAACCAAAAUUCGAGAGGUUUUGCCAGAUUCCUGUUUGGUCUAGAUUUUAGUAAGAACAAGGAAGAUAAAAGCAAACUUGAUGUGUACAAUUUACCUCCUCAAUUAAAAGCUGAAUUGAAGCGGAUUUAUGUAUACUGAUUAAAUAUUAAGGAGUCAUUAUUAUCUAUAUAGCCUUCCACCAAUUAAUGUGAUAUUUUAUGUUUUUUUACAUGAUAGAGAUGCUCAACUGUUUUGAUUAUAUAUUUUGUUUUCGACUAGGGUCACAUGCUCAGUGUGACGUAUUAUUCAUUUAUACUUGUCAUACAGAUUAGCUAGUAACGCUACGUAAUAAAGAUUAUCUAAUGAUGCUUA